CUCAUUGAUAGGUUAUAUAACUCGAGAAAGUUUCUUAAACUCAGCAUGAAUACCGAGCCUUAGCAUCCUGACAUCCUCACCAGCCCCACCGUCCCCACCACCAAAGCCCCGCCAGAUUAGACGCUUCUCAACCGCUCAUAAAAUCAUUUACUCCAAUUCCAUAAUGACGUUGAAAGCAAUUGUAUUCCUUUCACGCAGUCCGAAAGUCACCCCGCAGGAGUUCAAAGACUACUACGAGAAUCACCACAUGCCUCUGGCGAAGAAGAUCGCCGGCAGCUCGUUUCCCACCCUCCACCAGCGCUGGUACCUCGUCCGGAACCCCCGAGAUCCCGCCUCCAUCGAUCCAUCGAACACCAAUUACCUCGCCAAGGUGUAUGCGGGCCAAGCUGAUGACUUCCCGUGGGAUGUGUGCGUUGAGAUGAUCUUCGAAGAUAUGCAGCACUGGGGAGCCUUUCAGGCUCGGCUGGCUGAACAGGGGGACCGGAUUGCGGAGGAUGAGAAGAGGUUUAUGGAUCGUAGCAAGGUUUAUGUGGCCGAGAUUGAAGGGCCAUUUGUGUCAACGCGUUGAGGGUUGGCACUGGCGAGGGGCGAUGCGUAUGAUGGAAAAAGGAAUUAUAGAGGGUGGGGUGAAGGUAUGUUGUAUUUUCCAAAGUGAUGAUUGGGUUGCAACAAUCUAGUGUUGUGCGUGCUUGGCCAUGACUUUGAUUCAUCACUCUUGAAGGUUUCAUCUU